GGUAGGUUUCUGUGCUACGAAAUCACACAGACUCCUGGUCUAUGAGUAUCUGUCCAAUGGCUCAUUAGAUAGAUGGAUUUUCCAUGAAAAUGAUAACCCAAUUCUUGAUUGGAAAACCAGGAUGAACAUCAUAAUCGGCAUGGCAAAAGGGUUAUGCUAUCUUCAUGAAGAGUGCUGUCAGAAAAUUGCGCACUUGGACAUCAAACCGCAGAAUAUUCUCUUGGAUGAAAGUUUCAAUGCUAAAGUUUCAGAUUUUGGUUUGUCUAAGCUGAUAAGGAGGGAUGAGAGCCAAGUAUUUACCACCAUGAGAGGAACCCGGGGCUACCUCGCGCCGGAGUGGCUGAGUGCCGCCAUAUCAGAGAGGGCCGACGUUUACAGCUUUGGAGUAGUGGUCAUGGAAAUUGUCUGUGGAAGAAAGAACCUGGACCCUUCUCAGCCUGAAGAAAGCAGGCAUUUACUGAAACUGCUGCAACUCUCCGCACAAGAGAACCAGCUCUUAGAGCUUGUCGACAUGGUAAACGAAGAAAAAUCACAUUAUGGAGAAGAUGCAAUGAGAGUAAUGAGGAUUGCGAUGUGGUGCUUGCAGAAUGAUCACAACAAGAGGCCUCCAAUGUCUCAGGUGGUAAAGGCUUUGGAGGGAACCAUAGAACUGGAUGGCCACAUUGAGCUUGAUCCUUUCUAUGCAACGGAGCGGCGAUCGUCUUCACAGACGCAGAGUGGAUCAGAAACUCAAAGUGACACCCAAUCCCUUCUGCUUUCAGGCUCUAGGUAAAGCUUGGCUUCACAUCCAUGGUCCUGAA